CACAGUAACCGAAGCAGUCGAGUAGGCGGGCGCUAGCAGCAGCGGCGGCAGCAGCGGCACGGGGAGGAGUAGGCGGAGGAAAAAGGAAGCGUAAGCGCGAGGGGGACGGAGGCGGAGAGAGAGACGCGCGGAUCAAACGCCCGCCCGCGCGUGCCACCAGCUCGAGCCAUCGGUUCAUCCGCUCCGCCCCGCCGCGCCGGAGGUGGUGGUGGUGGAGGAGGGGCGCGCGGCCCGCGGCCUCCCUCCCCAUCCGGAUCGAGCGGCGGAUCUCCCUCUCCCGCGGCGAGGUACGAGUGGAGCUGGAGUGGUCGUACAUAUAGUUUCGGAUCAGUGAUCAUCAGUUCUAAAAUAGGCUGACCCCUGAUCAUUUAGGCUGCAUUUGUGGAGAAUGUCAGAGAGCAAUAUCGACGGCAUAGAGAUAUCAGUCAGUAACGAUGAGAGGAGGGACAGAGCGGAUGCCGAGAACUCGGAGGACGAGCCAAAGCACAGGCGGAUGCGGUCGCUGAGGAAGAAGGCGCUGCACGCUUCAACGAAGCUGACACAUUCGCUGAAGAAGAGGGGGAAGAGGAAAGUGGACUGCAGAGUGCCGAGAAUAGCGAUAGAGGAUGUCAGGGAUGCUGGUGAAGAGCAGGCGGUCAGCUCCUUCCGUGAGGUUUUGUUUGCCAGGAGCCUAUUGCCUGAAAGGCAUGAUGAUUACCAUAUGAUGCUUAGAUUUUUGAAAGCUAGAAAGUUCGACGUCGAAAAGGCAGCACAAAUGUGGGAUGAGAUGCUCCAUUGGAGGAAUGAAUUUGGGACGGACACAAUUUUGGAAGAUUUUGAAUUUCAUGAGCUAGAGGAGGUACUGCAAUAUUAUCCCCAGGGUUAUCAUGGGGUUGACAAGGAUGGAAGGCCUGUCUAUAUCGAGUUGCUUGGAAAAGUUGAACCCAAUAAACUUGUGCAAACCACAACAGUGGAACGAUAUAUCAAGUACCAUGUGCAAGAGUUUGAGAGAGCAUUCCGUGAGAAGUUUCCAGCCUGCUCAAUUGCGGCUCAAAAGCAUAUAGAUACAACAACCACAAUAUUGGAUGUCCAUGGCGUGGGCUGGAAGAACUUUGGUAAGAUUGCAAGGGAUUUAGUGCGCUGUAUGCAGAAAAUAGAUGGUGACUAUUAUCCCGAGACACUACAUCAGAUGUUCAUUGUGAAUGCUGGAGCUGGUUUCAAACUGAUCUGGAGCACUAUAAAGGGCCUUCUUGAUCCCAAAACAUCAUCAAAAAUUCAUGUUCUAGGAGCAAAAUACCAGAGCAGGCUUCUUGAAGCUAUUGACGCAAGCCAAUUACCAGAGUUUUUUGGUGGUUUGUGCACAUGCUCUAACCAGGGAGGAUGCCUGAGGUCCAACAAAGGCCCUUGGAGUGACCCUUUAAUUAUGAAGAUCGUACAUAGCAUGGAGUCAUCUGCAUUAAGGGAUAUCGUGCAAGUAUCUGAUAUAGAAGAAACAGUUACAGGCUCUGUAAGAUUGCGUGCGCUCAAGUUACCAGAAAGAAUUAGUGAUACAUCAAAUGCUGAAUCAGGUUCAGAUGUUGAUGAUCUUGGAUCCCCUAUAGCCCCUGAAGAUGUUGAAUAUCAUAGUUUGGCUCCAGUCCGUGAGGAAGCCAGGGAAUCAGGAUCAACAACAUACGGCUGUUCAGACGAUCGUCCUCAUUCAGUGGAGAAAGCCGUCGAGUCCAAUAAAAGAUAUGACCUUACUGGAAAUGUAUUAAGGCACAACACACGACAAAAUUCAUCAAUGAAUAGAGUUUCGCCUGAGCCAGCAGGUCGCGCCCCAAAUGUCCGUGAAGGCGAUGCAGAUGAUGGGAUUUUGAAAUUAUUUUCAAGAAAAGUUCUUGCUGUGAUUCUCAAAGUACUCUCUCUUUUGCGCUUGUUCACUCGCCAUCAGCAACAGUUGGAAAAUGUUCGUCCGCAUACUGCAGCCGUACCCAGCAAUCAACCAAAUCUUCAGAUAGUUAAGGAAGACCGAGUAAAUCCUUGUCUGGAGCGUCUUGAAAGACUUGAGUCGAUGUGUAAUCAACUCAGCAGAAAGCCUCCUGAGAUCCCACAGGAUAAGGAUCGUGCUAUACAGGAUUCUUUUGAUAGGAUAAAAUCCAUUGAAUUUGACCUGGAGAAGACAAAGAAGGUAUUGCAUGCAACAGUGAUCAAACAAAUGCAGAUGGCUGAAACACUGGAGUCCGUGACAGAGUCUGGUCAUAGAAGAAGGAAAUUUUGUACGUAGUACACUCACAUCAAUGUACAUGAACAAGAAAGAAAAACAGAUGGCGACUUUGAUGACUGCUUUCCGACAAAAACUAAACAGCAUUGCUUUGUAUAUGGCUGCUCAGUCUCGCUUUUCUUUUUGGUCAAUCAAAAAGAUGGGUGAUGUUAAUAAGAAGGAUAGAUAGUUGGUGACCCGAGAAAAACUGAGGGGAUAGUCAAGAAGAGUGUCCUGGAAGAUAACUGAAUAUAGCGCGGCUUAUAUACAGCUAAAGAAAGUUAAAAGAGGAAUCCUGACGCACAGCUCAUCUUGCGUCUAUGUCUUCUGUUUUCUCUGCCAAUGUGUGCCUCCUGAUCUGUUGUCUCUACUGGAAUGCUUCUGUGCAUUUUCAUUGUCAGAACAGUUGAGGCUUGGCUCUCAUAAUUAACACAAUUCUUUGGUUUUCAGCUCCA